AUGUAUGGGUAUGGACAUCGACAGUCGAGCAAGGAGGGCAUGCGGCUGGAAGCGUACCCUGUCAAGCAGACUGCUUAUCUCUCGAUGACCAGCAUCUUUAUACGUCGAGGUAACUUCGCUUACGACCCGGUGAAGGGUUUCCUGGAGUCUCCAUGGCCUCAGGGGGGAGGAGAGCGUCAAAAGGGCAUCCACGAGUUUGCAGAGUUCAUGGGAUUUACUAUAUACUUAUAUCUACUGCCAUCUGGAUAUAUCUACGACAGGCUCCAAGCUGAUACAAAGGGAAUAUCCAGCUAA